CUCAGUUAAUGGUUUAUUACAUCUAAUGUGUAGGAAAUGUUGGUGUCACUGGGAGCUGUUGCUGGGCUUUGUAGUUCUUAGGGCCCUGGUCUUCUGAAUAUUCAUUCCCCUGUGUCUGGACAUUCACUGUAGGGGAGAUGUGACCUAUUCCUCUGACUAUAGGUUUGGGGGGCACAGAUAUUGGUCUGGAACCCCCACAAUAUCCCAUUAUUAGACCACAAUCCCUCAUUUCCAGUCUGUUAACUCCUUCUUUACCGCCAUUCAUGGUCAUUUGUUUGUCAGAGGGCCAAUCACCUGGGAGGUCUAUUACCAUACCGGGGGAGGAGGGGUCUCUUGGUAAAACUAAGGGGCCCCUUUGUAAUUGAAUUAGAUUAAUGCUAAGACAACUGUGAGACAUCACCUUCUGAGGUCUCUUCCCUAGAGCCCAGGUCCUCUGUGACCUUCUGAAGAUCCGACUGGUUUUCCUUCAAGAACCAAUAACUUUAUGGACCUUUUACUGACUUCUUUGUGACCAUCUUGUCCUCUCCAGGGACCACAUAGACCUUUCUGCAUGGGGCUGUAGGGGAGACGACAUAGACCAGCCAACCAAUCGCACAGACCUGGAAGAAGAUGAUCAAAUGAUCGAUACAUCUCCUCAAUAACUCCAUAGACCUCAGCAUUGGCCAGUUUGGUCUCCUCCGCCAUGUAUAACCAGCAGACCUUCCAAGCCUUCACCCACAGCUCUGCUGGGCUCAUGCAAGAUGCCAACUGCCAGUACAACAUGAGUGGGUAUCCUGGCAUCGGCCACCACCACCAGGCUUUCUUCGCUUUCUCCUCUAUGAAGUCGGACUAUGGAGAUCUUGGGGUCCAAGCUGUUGGGGAUUGUUCGCCUCAGGUCCUGUCCUGGAGCCACCUGCCACAGCUGGACCCUGCCAACCAGCCCCUGGGCAUCCAUGGCGAGGACCAGACCCAAGGACCAAGAGAGCAGAUGUCCAACCUGGUGGAAAACAAGAGGACCCCGAAGAGAGAGAGAGAGGAGGACACGGACAUGAAAGCCCAAUCUCCGGCGGCCAAGUGUAGCCCCCAGACCCCCUACUACACCCAGGCAUGGGGGGCUGCCACCUUCUGGCCAACUACCCCAAAUGGAGGAAAUGCAGCAGCUCCCAACAAGCCCGAUGACACCAACAAGCCCCCAGCCCCCGAAACCCUUCACCAGUACCCUUCUAACCAGAGCCCCGGGGCAGCCUUGGAGAGUGGCCUGUCCAGCAUGGAGAACAGCAGAUGUAGCAGUGCCACCAGCUCGGUGUCCAGUGGCCCCACCAAUAGUGGCAGUACCCCCAGGAGCCUGUCCAGCGGGGGCAGUGAGGGCAUCUGCAGCGACAACGAGGAGGAAGCUCCGACAUCUUCUGAGAUGGAACAGUUCGCUAAAGACCUGAAACAUAAGAGGAUCACCCUGGGGUACACCCAAGCAGAUGUGGGCUAUGCCCUGGGAGUCCUUUUCGGAAAAACCUUCAGUCAGACGACCAUCUGCCGCUUCGAGUCCUUACAGCUGAGCUUCAAGAACAUGUGCAAGCUGAAGCCCCUGCUGCGGAGCUGGCUGCACGAGGUGGAGAACAACGAAAAUCUGCAAGAGAUCAUCAGUCGGGGUCAGGUUCUGCCUCAAGCCCAAAAGAGAAAACAUCGAACCAGCAUCGAGAACAACGUGAAGCGGAGUCUGGAGAAUUACUUCAUGCAUUGCUCCAAACCGGGGGCCCAAGAGAUAUCACAGAUCGCCAGAGAACUCAACAUGGAUAAAGAUGUGGUCCGAGUUUGGUUCUGCAAUCGCCGCCAGAAAGGAAAACGGCAGGUGCACCCCUACCUGAGGGAAAACGGGGGCGAAGCCUACGAGAUGGUCCAGUCCAUCUCACCUUCUAACGCGGGGGGACCCUUCUCCCUGCCGCAGAUGUUGACCCCGCAAGGCUUCGCUCCGGCCCCUCUGGGUCCCAACCCUGCACUUUACGUGCCUGCCUUCCACAAGAGCGAGGUGUUCCAGCAGAACGUCCCGCAGGGAAUGCCCAUGACCAACCACUCCGGCUGAAGCGCCCCCCUGUGGCCACUGCGUGAAAAAGAAAAUCCUUUAUAGAGUCAGAAUAUAAUUUUUGGGUUUAUUUUGCUAUG